CCUUACUCCUGCUCUGACUGUUGGAAGAGUUUCUCUCGACUGGGAAACUUAAAAACACAUGAACGUAUACAUACAGGAGUGAAACCUUACUCCUGCUCUGACUGUGGAAAAAGUUUCUCUCGACUGGGCGACUUAAAAACACAUGAACUUAUACAUACUGGAGUGAAGCCUUACUCCUGCUCUGACUGUGGAAAGAGUUUCUCUCGACUGGGCCACUUAAAAACACAUGCACGUAUACAUACAGGAGAGAAGCCUUACUCCUGCUCUGACUGUGGAAAGUGUUUCUCUCGACUGGGCAACUUAAAAACACAUGAACGUAUACAUACAGGAGUGAAGCCUUACUCCUGCUCUGACUGUGGAAAGAGUUUCUCUCGACUGGGCGACUUAACAACACAUGAACGUAUACAUACAGGAGUGAAUUCUUACUCCUGCUCUGACUGUGGGAAGAGUUUCACUCGACUGGGCCACUUAAAAACACAUGAACGUAUACAUACAGGAGUGAAGCCUUACCUCUGCUUUGACUGUGGAAAGAGUUUCUCUCUACUGGAAAACUUAAAAAGACAUGAACGUAUACAUACAGGAGUGAAGCCUUACUCCUGCUCUGAUUGUGUAAAGUGCUUCACAACAUCAGCUGACCUAAAAGUUCAUCAGAGAACACACACAGGAGAGAAGCCUUACUCCUGCUCUGAUUGUGUAAAAUGCUUCACAACAUCAACUGACCUAAAAGUUCACCAGAGAACACACACGGGAGAGAAGCCUUACUCCUGCUCUGACUGUGGAAAGAGUUUCUCUCGACUGGCCCAGUUAAAAAGACACCAAGGUAAUCAUAAAGGAGAGAAGCAUUAUCACUGAUCUGACUGUAGAUUUUGUUUUUUAUCAACAGCUGAGCUAAAAGGGUCAUCAGAGAACACACAGAGGAGAGAAGCCUUACUUCUUCUCUUAAUGUGGCAAGAGUUUCUCCCGAUUGGGAAAUGUAAAAACACACCAACGGAUACACACUUGAGAGAAGCCUUACAGAUUGGUGUCUUUUUAAAUGGCCCAAUGUAUACAUAAAGGAGAGAAGUCUCAUCAGUUUUGUCAGACCAGCUAAGAUUAGUCACUCCACUUAAUUCUCAUACUAUAAAAUAAUUGGCAACUUUGAAUUGGAUCAAAUGAAGACAGUGUAGAACACUCUUGUAAUCCUAUUGUUUCUCACUGUGAGAACCGUGCAGAAAAAAGGGAGCAUUCUAGAAUGUUAGUCUCUCUUCUCUUUACUGAUCAGUGUGCACCUUGUUGAUAUUGACAUCUUGGAUUUGCAAUUAUGGUUGGAUAUCCUCUGUGAGGCGUCUCACAAUGGAGUCUGAUGGUUGACUGGGUGGUACUGCUUCCCUCUGCAGUUUUCUGUGGGAAUGAGCUUGUAUACACAACAUAUACUGAGUGUACAAAACAUUAAGGACACCUGCUCUUUCCAUAACAUAGACUGUUUCUGUACAGCACUUUGUGACAUCGGCUGAUGUAAAAAGGGCUUUAUAAAUACAUUUGAUAAAUUUGAUUGAUUGAAGUCCGAGAUCAACUUUCUGGUCCUCCCCUGUGGAAGCCAGACCCCCUCCCAUUGUUAGUCUGUGUAUGAACACAUUUUGAACAAUGGCUUCCUAAAAUGCUGUGUUGGUUACGAACACAAUAGGAACGGUUGUGGUAGAUGUGGGCCAUCACAGGUGAGUUCACAGCUCUUCCACUCUAAACAAUGGGGCAUGGAAAGGGUAAUGCAAGCUUUCUCUCUGGUCCCAUUCCCCAAUAGUAAGUGGGUCAUACUUGAAUUGUGGUAGUUAUAUUGUCCCUGGACUUUGGCACAAUAGAAAACACUUAAAAAGGAUUUAAAAAAACCCAAAUACAUUUGUUUCAUUUCACAUUUAUUUAAAUAUGAAAAAUGUCCUUUAUACUGCAAAACAUUAUUUGUAUGUAUUGUAGAACAUACUGGGGACUAGCUAAUUGGCAUGUAGAGGUGUAGUGGCAUGUAUUGAGUAGAUACAUAGACAUUUAAAUUAUUUAGCAUGCUAUCAAUUAAACAUACAGAUUAUUUUGUAUAGAUAACCCAUAGGCUGAGCAGUAGAAUGUAGAAUAUUUAUUUUUCAUUAGCGGAUCAAUCAAGUUCCAUGCAGUUAUCCAAACACAUUCUUCAUCAUCAAGGAUGAAAAUAAUACAUCUAGUUUUAAAAGACAAUUUAAUAAACAUAUGUAGUAGUUUCAAAGUAUGUAUAUCAUUAAACAACAGUCACUUAGGGAGAGGUGAAAUUUACAUAAUUGUUCCCUGGAGGAAAAUUAGGGAGUGUCAUGCUUUUUAGAUUUCACUUAAGGGGAGGGUUUAGUAUUUUUACAUUUAGUUCAGGGAGUGUCAUGUAAUUUGCAAUCAAUCAAAUGUCACAUUGCUCAGGGUUUGAGAAUUAGUUGCCUAUUAUAUCUCAUGAUGCCCCUCCUUCCUGAUUCUCUGCUGGGUGUGCAAUAUCAAGUGUGCCAAGUGUAGUCUCAAUAAAAGGAUUGUUAACCUG